CUCUGCAUUCCUCUACGACAAAGGACUUCCAAAAUUUCCAAGCAACAUUUUCAGUUUUUCAGAGUUAAUUUUUCAAGUAAUAACAAAUGGAAUUUGUUAGCGAAGUAGGAGAACUUCGGGGUAACCAGGGUGUAGAAGGGGAAGAGAGCGUGAUAUCCGUAGAACCAAUCACAAUGGUUGUACCGCCGGAACUGCAAGACUUGUCGGAAACCCUUACGUCGGAGAGCAAUGCCAGUUUAGGCGCGCACGAGGGCUCCGGUGCUAACCCUUCUCUGUCAUCUGAAGGGUCGUCAUCAGAAAACACUGCCAGUGCAAGUAGCCCCUCGUCGGAAAGUAUGGAGGUGGCCGUAAAUGUACCUGCGGUUGCGGGUUGGGAGAAUAAAACCAUAGGUGGCAGGCUGAGCAACUUUCGCAAAGCGCCACAUACAUUGACGGCCGGAUUUAGGUUUAGGGCAAACUUGCAUCAUGAGGUAACAGAUUGUGCUACCUCCAUUAAAGGGUAUAAGAGAUUGGAGGAUGUGGUGAGACAGUAGGACAGUUUUGUUAUGAACUGGCACAAAAAAUGAAAGGGUCUACAGUGU